AAAUACCUCUGGUUCCUUAUCCGGGAACUACCUCUUACUCUGCUAUUGGGCAAUUGGGUCACGUGGUAAAAGUAACUUUACAGGGCUGCUCGCAAGUAGGAGGGCUUUAUGGAGCAGAAAAACGACAAAGCUAGAAAAAUUAUUUUCCACUCCAGAAAUUAAUGAUCAUGAGCUCGUAUUUGAUGGAGUCUAACUACAUUGAUCCGAAAUUUCCUCCAUGCGAGGAAUAUUCGCAAAAUAACUACAUCCCUGAGCAUAGUCCAGAAUAUUACAGCCGCGCAAGGGAAACUGGCUACCAGCAUCACCAUCAGGAGUUAUAUCCUCCGCGGGCGAGCUACCAAGAGCGCCAGUAUAACUGUGCAAGCAUCCCUGAACCUGACACGCCAAGGGGACAUGGAAUACCCCAAUCUGCGCACCUGCUGACAGGGAAAGGGCAACCUGCUUCAUGUGAAACCCCACAGUUGUCCAUGUCCCCUGCCACCCCACCGGCCGCAACCUCCGCCUGCAACCAAGCUACCCCGGAGCAUCCAAACAGCACAGCCUCCUCCAAGCAGCCCGUGGUGUACCCAUGGAUGAAGAAAAUUCACGUCAGCACUGUGAGCUCGGCUUACAAUGGGACGGAGCCAAAGCGGUCUAGGACAGCAUACACCCGGCAGCAAGUCUUAGAAUUGGAGAAGGAAUUCCACUAUAACCGAUAUUUAACUCGACGGAGGCGCAUCGAGAUCGCCCACACCCUGGUUCUCUCCGAGCGACAGAUUAAAAUCUGGUUUCAAAACCGCAGGAUGAAAUGGAAAAAAGAUCACAGGCUCCCGAACACCAAAGUGAGAUCCUCUUCCUCCUCCUCCGGGUCCAACACAAGCUCAGCAGCCGGCGCUGUUGCGGCUGCCUCGGCCACUAACACUGGGGCCCCCGACGAACUCACCGGAGCACAGCAUGGCGAGGAUAUCACCAGGUUAUAAAACCACGAACCAAGAUUGGGGAUAGAAAAAGAACUGGUUAUUUAUAGAACAAUUAUAUAUUUUGUUUUGGUAGCUAUCUUGUGCGGUUUCCUUUAAGUCCAAAGUUAUAUAAAAUGCAUGUUAUAUAGCAUGGAUUACUGCGAAUACCGAUGAAUUAUUUUUACGUGACACAGGGUUUAAUUUAUUUGAAGCUCAAUUAAAAUGAUGUUUUUUAUUAAAAAAUGUUUUGAAUGAAGGAAAAAAAAAGUAGAAAAAAUAUACAUUUUAUCAAAAUGUUAUUGUGGGCCAUUCUUUUGCCCUGCUGCCCAAGGUGAAAUGCACAAUCUAUUUAUUUCAAACAACACUGGAAGGAAAUCAAUAUAAUAAUAGUUAUUUUUGGUAUAAAAAAGCUGGAACACACCAUUGAUCUUGAACUUGUAUGUUUUGGGAUAAUAACAAUGUGUGAAUUACCUCGUGUAUUUCAGAAACAGGAUUUUGAUUUACAAUUUAGUUUUGUGGUGUCGAUGUUGUGUUUAGACCUUAAAAAGCAGAUUAUUGUGAAAUGCAAUAAACGGAGUGUAGUGUACUUGUGCUAAUCAUAUUGGUCAAUAAAACAGUGAGUGUCUAAUAGUUUUA